AUGGGCCGUUCAUAUGACCGGGAUAAUUUCUACGUCUAUGGACCAACGGAUCUGACUCAAAUCGAGGUUGACUGGAACAAUGAGGAGCACCGCCGGUGCAUCACCGCCUGUCUUGUUAAAGGCACUUACAUUCUGGAGAGCGAGCAUCAAAUCAGGCGGAAGGAGGAGGGCAAGGGCAAAUUCGCGGCAGCGUGGUGGGAGAACUUCCACUUCCGCCUCCAUCAUGUGCUUCAGUCUGAGUGCAACUGCGUCUGCUGCAAGAUCCGCCGCCGACUGGAGUUGUCGGACCAAAGCACCAUCAGGUCGUUCGUGUACGGAGCUAUCUUCGAAUACGUGCCCCCAGACGACGUCAAGAACCGCCGCCGCCACCCGUCGGCUCCGCGCUUCGUCGUUGCCUUUCGAGGCACCAUGCCACGAGACGCCACGGCCGUCGGCGACAUGCGACUCAACCUCAUGGUCCUUCUCAACAGGCAGAGGUUCUGUAGCCGCUUCACGGAAGCACGCAAGCACGUUAUCUCCCUCCUCAGCUCCAUUCCUCCUCCUCCACCAGCUGCUGCUGGUGGUAGUGGUGGUCGUGCAGUAGCCGGCGGCGGCACGGCGAACUCGAACUCCGUAGGCGUGUGGCUCGCCGGCCACUCGCUCGGGGCGUCGAUAGCGCUAUACGUGGGGCGGGACAUGGUGACCACAAGAGGGUGCAGUCUCCCAACCUUCCUCUUCAACCCGCCGCAUGUUUCUGCGGCGCCGUUGAUCGACGCCGCCGUCAUGUCGUCGGAGGCGGCGAAGAUGUAUCUGUACAUGUCCAGCUACGUCAUCAAGUGCGUGCUGGGGAUGACUUUUCUGAAAUCCCACAGGAAAGAUAUGGAGAAACUCUUCGAGCAGCUGUCCCCGUGGGUGCCGAACCUGUACGUGCACCGGAAGGACAUCAUCUGCAAGGGCUUCAUCGACUACUUCGAGCAGCGGGAGAAGGCGAAGGAGUUGUCCACCCGCGUGGGCAACUCGGCUGCCACACUGUCGUACCGCGACAUGGUGUACUCUGUGUUCAACAAGCACAGCGGGCGGCAGCACCUCCUACCAUGCGCAGUGUUGUGGAUCUCGCACGGCGACAACCCGCACGCGCUCCGGCAGUGGUGGCGACCCACAGGCCCGGAGCAGGACUUGAGGCGCCAAGAAUACAGCUGGACUUUAAGAUAG